CGUGUGUCGGCAGCAGCUUCCUGUCUGCAGCCUGUCAGAAGGACCUCUGCUUCAGCGCAUCCUUCGGACUCUCCCCGCUGAUAAACCUGAUAAUAUCUGCGGGUUAAAGCAGCAGGAGUCCCUCCGCAGCUCCACACUUUCACUCUUCCGCUUUUAACGAAGCUUCCAGAAACUUCCAGAGCAGGAAGAUGAACGACAGCGAGCCGAGCAGCUACCCGCUGGCGGAGUACGACUUCGAGCGGCGGUUCGACGAGAGACGGGCUAUGGAAUGGAUGCAGGAGAACUGGAGGCAGUCCUUCAUGUUCUGUGGCCUUUACGCUGCACUCGUCUUCUUCGGUCAGCACUACAUGAGGGAACGACCCAAACUGAACCUGAGGCGUCCGUUGGUGCUGUGGUCGCUCAGCCUCGCCGUGUUCAGCAUCAUCGGGGCGUUCAGGACUGGACUCUACAUGCUGCACGUCCUCACAAACAGCGGCUUCAGACAGUCGGUGUGUGACAACAGCUUCUACAGCGCCCCCGUCACCAAGUUCUGGGCCUACGCCUUCGUCCUCAGCAAAGCUCCGGAGCUGGGAGACACGGUGUUCAUCGUCCUGAGGAAGCAGCGCCUCAUCUUCCUGCACUGGUACCACCACAUCACCGUGCUGCUCUACUCCUGGUACUCCUACAAGGACCAGGUGGCGGGUGGCGGCUGGUUCAUGACCAUGAACUACCUGGUCCACUCGCUCAUGUACACGUACUACGCCGCCCGGGCUGCCGGCCUCCGGGUGCCUCGUCCAUUCGCCAUGAUCAUAACAGCCACCCAGAUCCUGCAGAUGGUGAUGGGGCUGGCCGUGGUGGGGCUGGUGUACCGCUGGAUGCACGAGGUCCGCUGUCCGUCCAACCUGCACAACAUCACGUGGGGCUCCUUGAUGUACCUCAGCUACCUGGUCCUGUUCGCCUCGUUCUUCUACAACAGCUACCUCAAAGGAUCGUCCAAGGACAAAGGACAGAAGGCCCAGUAACUCGUCUGUACUGCGUUCACGGUCGUGUUAAAGUGUGCCAUCAGAGGUGACCAACAUUGAGAAGCCAUGAAUGUAGUCCAAGUGCCGGUACUACACAACAAAAACAAUGAUACAUCUACGGAUUUAGAGGAAGAGGAGACGACUCGGAGUCAGCACAUUUUAAUACGACCUCCUGAGUAGCUUGGAGUUCAGUAUGGAGGGUGAAGAGAGGAGUAGACAGCACUUCAUUUAAGUUAUUGCACUGGUUACGUAGACUUUGGACUGGUAACUACAAACAUCUGUCAGAGAUGGGUGAUGAAAGGCGCUUUUCCACUAACCCCUAUUUGACUCGACUCGAAUUGACUCGAAUCGCUUUAGGUCGUUUUCCGUUACAACUGAGUACCACCUCAUCGUGGGUGGAGUCGUCGUAGCACGGCAGCCGGAAGUCCUUUUACUGAUUUGUGUGCGACACAAACGCAACACAACAAUGGAGGACAUGGAGGCGAUGGUAUACCUGCUGCUCGACCAUAUUCAAAUUUUGCCAAGUUCCAUGAAGAGCAAUGCACACCGUCGCUGUGGCCAGUCUUUUAUAAAUUGGCGGGUUUGGUUUUCAUGAAGGAGUCGCUCACUCCCUGUCCAAUCAUUGGCCUGCGCUCUGUAGACGUCACAUUAUCGGCUUGCUUGGAACCCCAGCUCAGUAGAUGCUAGAACAGUAGCUGAUACAAGGAACUAAGUCCUGAUGGAAAACCUCACAAACUGAGUCGAACCGAGUAGGUGCUGGUGGAAAAGUGCUAAAAUGUUUGUUUGUUGAGACUAAGAAGUGAGUCCUUGAUGUAGAAGCACUUAUUGGUUUUUGUACUGUUAAGGAAAUGAUUGGACGGUUGGGUAAUUACGCCGAAAGUAAGAUGGGAGGAUCGAAAUUAGCUUAGCAUAAAGACUGAAAGCAGGGGAUUGGAAAAGCACUUAGAACACUAACUGUAUGAAAUGUGACCUGUAUAUGAGCAGAAAUGUUUGAUUGGUUAUGGAUUUUUGGGGCCAGUGCAGAUUUUUAGAAUGUAAAAACUCUUAAUAUUGUUUUAUUGGCCAGUAUUUUUUAUAUAUAUCACAUCGCAAUUCACUGUGAAGACACCACUUGACUCCGCACCACUUUCUGCUCUGCUACAUGUGCUGCAGACAGCUAAAUCUUGGAUAUAAUGGAGUCGGAGCCGCCCUGCUGGACAAACUAUGCAAUGACACCAUUUCUAAAUGACCUUUUAGUGUAUUUUUCUGCAUUAGGUUCGAUGUAUCUGUUAUCAAAUGACGAUAUCGACCAACUGAUUUGUUAUUCAGGCUCUAGUUUGACCCAUUUGCUGUUUAUAUUUUUAGAUAAAUUCAGAUUUUGCUUUCUUUACAGUCAAGAUUCUCCAAAACUUGGCCAGUGUAGUCUCCGUUAGCAUCUGUUGUUUGAGAACCUUGUCUAAUUUCAUUCCUAUGGCAAAGAAACAUGUGAACUAAUGAGUUUCAGAGGCGUAUUUUCCAGGUUAGCCGUUUCCCCCUGCUCUACAGCCUUUAUGCUAAGCUAGGCUAACCACCUCCACCAGAAUGUUGAACCAUUCCUUUAAAAUAGUGUCUGUUUUGAACUGCAACCUACAGGAUAGGAACUAAAAGGGAAUAAAUACUAAUGCACUGAUCUCAAAGGGAUGUUUUCCACUAACAGUAACAGAUCUGAAGCUGCCUUUGGAAAUAAUUGUGUUCUCAGAAUCACUGACCUGAUGAAGGCUUCAGUGUUUAACCCUCCCAGUGCUGCUCAUGUAAACCACAGACCUUUGUACUGUUUGUAGCUACAGUAAAUGGCUCACCAGCUGCGUUUCCAUUAAGGAUUUUUAUGCACACUUUGAAGUAUUACAUUAGGGGGAAAAAAAUUAUAGGAAUGGCAGCAUUUCAAAAAUAAACUGUGUCAUUAAAGACACGUUUAUGUCAUGUUUUUGAGUCCUUUUCGUUAAGGUUUUGUUGUUUCAGACACAUUUCAAAUAAUUUUAGACUCAUUUUAGACACAAUUUGGUUCUUUUAUUGGACAAAUUUCAAGACAUUUUGGACAUUUUAGUCAUUAUGACUCAUUUUGGACAAAGAUUUAUGUUAUUUUUGACAUUUUUGAGUAAUUUUAGAAAGAUUCUGAUAUUUUUAAACAAAUUUCGAAUGUUUUUGGACAGAUCUUGUCUCACUUUGGACACUUUUGAGUGAUUUUUCAAGACUUUUUGAACAAUAUCUGUCAUUUUCGACAGAUUUUGAGUCAAUUUUGAACAAAAUUCGAUCCAUUUCAGAUAGAUUUAAGGUUAUUUAGGCAACCAUUCUGUCAUUUUGGACUUUUUUAUGUUGUGUUGAGGCAAAGUGUUGCUAUUCGGGACAAAUUCCGUGUCAUUUUAGACAAAGUUUGGGGCAACUUUCUGGUUUUAAAUGAAUUUAUGAUAGCUGUCUGUGUAACAUACUGCCACCUUCUGACUCCACUCUGCAGCUUCGUUUGUUGGCUCCAAUGAUUCAUGGAAAAUGAGUCCAAUUUGCAUUUUCUUUUGUAUGUUUUUUGCCAUAAAUGUGCUGGAUAAUUUGAUGGAAACACAGCUGGUGACUGCUUCGGUUGGCGUUUAUUUGCAAACACAUUUGAACAUCAGCGUACCAUGACCUUGACUUCCUGUCUGCUCUUACCUCAUGCGCUGUUUGUUGGUUCAGAACAUCUGACUGAUGAAAGGAAGCCGUCCCAGAGCAAACUGCUCCCAGGAGGUGGAUUGUUUGAGGGUUAAACUUAAAUCCUAAUGUUCUCGUCCACUUUUUUUUUUUAAACUGCACAUUCUGCAGAGACCACAUGUAUAGAUGCAAACAGAGACAGGAUUACUGUAAAUGCCCCACUGCCUUUGUCACGUUUAGGUUAACACGGUUUGGUUUUGAGGCGACUGAGUGGUUUGGGUUCAAAAACAUGACUUUUAUUCUGUUAUAAUUGAGCCACAGCUUCACUGACUGGCCUUCUGCUGCUGUCUUUCCUCAUAUUUCUUGACUUUUUUUUAAUGAUCCUGUCAAAAUAAAAAGGGAAAAUGCCAAUAAAUGAAACAAAACAUGUGCAUAAACCUGCCGUUAAAUUGUACGAUCAACCAGAAAAGAACUUUUUCCUGAUUAGUCUUUUUUUUAAAAAAAAAAAACAUUUUCUAGUUGUUAUCGUUCUAUAUGACCAUUUAUUGGACAUUUUGCAGUCUGUCUGCUUCCAUCAUAAACAAACCAUCAGUUAAUUGAGAAAACAGUUUUCCAUACAGAAAAUUUUAAUGGUUGCAGCUUUUUAUUCUUCCUAAAUGACACUUUUGUGCAAAUUAGAAAACUUUGGCCAAAUGAUUCAAAAAUCCAAACUGUCCAAAAUGAGUUAAACUUGUCAUAACUAAAAAAAAUGUUCAAAAGUCUCAAAACUUUCCCAAAAUUAAAAGAAGUUGGCCAGAAUAACAUCAACUCGCCCAUAAAUAACGUAAUGUAGAGUUAUUUUUAAAAAGCUGCCUGCUGUCACUGAAAUUUCUCCAAAAUGACAAAAAAAUUGCCUGAAAUGAAUCAAAAAUUUUCCACGAUUGCUCCAAAUUUAUCCAAAGAAGCAGCAAAAUAAUUUUACAAAAUGAACAAAAAAUCCUAAAUGAUCUAAAAUGAUGUAACAUUUGUCUGAAAUAGGUUUAAAAAUGGUCCAAAAUGUCUCAAAAUCAAUUUUCUUAUCAAGCUGUUAAAGAAGAUGGAAGAUACUGGUGGAUCUGUUUGCUUUGAAUCGUUUCUGCCUUUAAAGCAGAAAACUGGAAGAAACGUGAUAUUCGAAGGAGGGAUUUCGUGCUCGGAACCAAAGUGUGUUUUGCACCUGAACCACUCGGUUUUCUCAAAGCAUCUCGUGUGUAAAAUAGAUGUCAUUUUGUUCCUUUUUCCAUCCAAAUAUCACGUUUAUCCACAUUUAAUCUGCUGACACACUGAUCGUGAAGCCACUUUUGCCUCUUUACUCACUAAUAGUAAUGUUUGAAUGUGUUUCAUGUUAGUUUUUGUGCUUGAUUUGUGAUUUCGGACCUCGUCUUGUGUUUUCCACUGUGGACUUUCAUUCCAGAAGCUGCUUCUUUCAUGAAGUUCAACACUGAGGAGGAGUUCGGUUCAUUUAAAGUUAAUUCUGCCGUCAUGUCCGACCACUGAAGGUGUUUGAUCCAGAUGGAGGUUUACAUGUGUCUGUGGUUUAGAAAAGACAAAGUUUCCAUCAUUUCAGCUCCAACAUCCAGUAUCUUUACCGUUUACUUCCACUAGUUUGUCUUUCUCGUACUUUAAGUCGAGGAGAGAAAACUGCCAGAAACCAUCUGAUUCCUGAAAGUUGUUCUGUCAUCUUGAACUGAUUGUAAUUUUGGAUCAUUUAUGUGCCAAACGUUGCUUCCGUUUCCUUGUUCCUGUCAUGCAUUAAUGUGAACCUAACGUUUGUCUGUAAAACACUGAUUCUAACGUCAGCUGAGUUCGAAGGGAAAAACCACAAUUUAAGGGCUUCUAAUGUUGAAAUGUUGUUACAAUAAACCCAUUCUGAUUAGAAACGUC